AUAUGUAUGAGAUGAAAAUUGUGGCUCAAUCUAUUAUUGGAAGGCAAUCAACACAAUCCAGCAAAAGAAAUUUAUAUUGCCAUAACAUUAUAAGUGUAACAAUAGAUAGCAUUGAUAUAAACUCAUUAUUUAUUAAAGUGAUUUUAUUGGAUGAGUUUGGAGAAGUUUGCGACCUGGUUUUGUUGGAUGGUGACUAUGUAAAAAUGGUUAAUAGUGAAAAAGUAUUCAUGGUUUCCAGAAAUUGUUACAAAUUUAUAUUUAACAAUAUUGGUAUAAGAAAAGUUGGAAAAUUCAAAUUGAGGUUUCUAUUGGUCAAAUACGGUUUAUUAGAUAAAAAAUUUCAAGAGAUAAAUCAAAUUGAUUCAGAACUUAUAGAAGUCUGCUCUUCUCAUACAUACGCAGCCAAAAAGAAAUUAUUAUUUCCUAGAAAACAAUAGAGAUAGGAUAACUGUUCACAAACUAUGUAUGUUUCAAUACACAGCUACUCGAAGCCUGAUAUCACACUUGUUGCAUUAUCAGGUUACAACACAAAAAACAACCAAUCAAAUAACAUGGUUUACUUUUUGGUACUUUUUGAAUCACAAGCAGCGUUUAUAACCC